AAAUUUUUAUUAAAACAAUACCAAAAAUUAAAAAAGGAUUAGAAAACACCAGGAUUUGAACCGGAGACCUCUUGAUCUCCAGCCCAACGCUCUACCACUGAGCUAUUUGUUUAUACGUGCUACAAGAUUUCUCAGACAUAGUGGCAAACAUACGAAGUGAAUUAUAAAAUACUUUAAAUAUUACUUAUUAUCUUAUUCCCGAGGUAGACAAGUCCAAAUAUACAAAAAUUAUAAUAAUAGUUAUUUAUGAUGUAAAUGUUAAAAGGACAAUUUUAAGGCACGUAUGUGAAAGAUUCGCUUCGCUCAUUCUGCAAUUCACAUGAGUGCCUUAAAAAUGUACUUUUUAACAGCUAUAUCAUACAAUAUUUUUUCUAGAUACGUCUUAUAUAUAUCAACAAUUAUAAUUUAUUCAUUCUCAAUACCUACAAAAACUUUUACUUGAACUUGACUGACAUUCCAUUUUUAUAUUUUUCUUGACAUUAGAGAGUUAUCAAGUAAAAUUCUAUUCAUCCGUUAUUUUGACACGUAAACGCUAUUUUUUUACGGUAUAUAUUUUAACGUAAAUGUAAUUUUUGAGUUAUCAAGUGGCAGAAUUCCUGCUUCACGUUAAUAGUUGGCAGCUGUCAGUCAAAUGUCGUAUUUGACAGCAAAAUAUUUAAAUUUGUUUAAAUUUUUUUCUGUUUUUGUUUUCUUUCACGAAGAUAGAUAUUUUGAAAUUUUUUCCUUGUUUUGUAUUGUACAAAAGAAAUAUAAUAAAAUAUGGAAGAUAUCUUAGAACAGGCAAUAUUACUUGAAGCUAAUGAUGAUGAUAUAGAAUAUGUGAUACUAAAUCACAUUUUAAAUGAUGGUAAUGAUAAUAAUGUUCAAAAUGUUCCUGUCUUCAAUUUCGAUACCUUAGAAGCUGAGCAAGCCAAAAAGUACUUUCGAUUUGAGAAACAGGAUAUUCCAAGGCUGGUACAGUUGUUAGGGAUACCAGAUAUAAUUGUAACAGAAACUGGCCAUACCUGUACUGGACUCGACGGACUGUGCAUUUUAUUGCGUCGUCUAGCAUACCCUAACAGACUUAGUGAUCUAAAAGUCAUAUUUGGACUAUCAGCUCAGUCCUUGUCACAAAUUAUUAAUAAAACAGUAAACUUGAUUUUAGAAGGUCAUAGAUCAAUUUUAGAAGAUUUGGACAAUGUACCCUGGUUAACACAAGAAAAAUUGGAGUACUAUUCACAGGCAGUAGCUGCAAAAGGGGCAGCGGUUCAAAAUUGUUGGGGUUUUAUAGAUGGAACUGCAAGGCGUAUUUGUCGACCAUCUAUAAAUCAAGAAGCGUAUUAUUCUGGUCAUAAGAGGUGGCACUGUCUUAAAUACCAGUCUGUUGUAUGUCCUGAUGGCAUCAUUAUUAGUCUUAAAGGACCUUAUUUAGGCAGGCGCCAUGAUGCCGGCAUUUUUGAAGAGAGUAAUAUAUAUAUGGAAUUGGAAAGAAAAUGUACUUUUGGAAAUGUCAAUUUUGUUUUGUAUGGAGAUCAGGCUUAUCCAUUGUCCAAUCUUUUGCUAUGUCCUUACCCAAACCCAGCAAGAUUACCCAAUGGAAUACAAAGGUUGAGACAGGAAAACUUUAACAACAGCAUGUGCCAGGUUAGAUUAGCUGUAGAGUGGGGAUUUGCAAAAAUUGUAAGGGAAUUUGCCUUUUUAGAUUUUCACAAAAAUCAAAAACUUUUGUUGCAAGACCUAGGUAAAAUGUACAAGUGUGCAGUAUUGCUGAUAAACUGUCACACAUGUUUAUAUGGAAACCAAGCUGCCACAUAUUUUAACGUAAUUCCUCCUAAUUUAGAAACAUAUUUAGAGCACUAAUUUUAUUCUAUUUAUUUACUAUUCGAAUUGGGAAAAUAAUUCAGAUGUUAUUAUCUUCUUCUUUCUCAUAAUCCUUAGUGCCCUUCAGGUUGUCAGAUGUCGGGUUCCGCCUUUUAUCCGUUUCUUCCAAGCGCUUCUAUAGGUAGCCAGGUUCUUCAUAUCCCUUAUACCCAUGUGUCUGUCUCCUUUCACAUAUAUCCUGGCUCUGGUCCAUCCAUGUCUUCCUCAGCCUCUCUUUUUUCUUUUGUUUCCCAUUUUGGCUUCAUGUACCUUCUUUGUAAGUCUCUUUUGCUCCAUUCGUUGUAGGUGUCCAAACCAGCUCAAUUGUUUGUUUUUGAUCUUCUUUAUUAUCAGUUCUUGUUCCAGCUCUCUUCUUAUAUCUUCAUUUCUGAAUCUAUCAAACUUCGUAAUUACAACUAACCUUCUCAUGUUUCAUCUUUGUCGUGUUUAUCAUUGAUUCAUGUUUCUUUUGCCUAAUCCAUGUUCACGCCCCAUAUGUCAUUAGGUUGACUAUGCCGUGAUAUACUCUGAAUUUAGUUUUGUUGUCUAUUUCUGACUUUGUCAUAUGUCGGUUUUCCCAUCAUCUCUUAUUAUAUUUCCCAAAUAUUCAAAAGUAGAUACCUGUUCUAUUACUUGUUCCAUUAUUAUAUCAGUAUUUCUUUCUUUUUUCUCAUCUUCAUUUCCAUUCACUUCCAUUUUUAAAUUAUGUAUCUCUUUUUGCCAAAUAUCUAUUAGUUUCCUGCAUUUUCUCUACUGUGUCUGUGAUUAAAACUAUAUCAUCAGCAUAUAGAAGGGAGUUGAUCCUUAUUGCAUUUAAGUUUUUAUAUCCUUCUAUAUACACUUGAGUCCAGAAUUCUUUACCUGUGCGUCAUUAAUACCUGGCGAGAUAAAACACAUACUUUUUAUCUAGCAUCAUUCUCUUCCACGCAUGAAACUAAAGACAAACCAGCUACCGCCUGUUAUUAAGUAAAAACACAUGUUAUCUUUAUGAACGCUCUAGUCUCAGUAUAUUGAAAAGUGAUAAGUACAAAAAAAGACGCUUAGGAAUAUUUUCAGACUUUAAGUACAAUAAUUCGUGACGUUUCUGGUUUGUUUACUUUUGUGGCUGUCAGUCUGUUGAAUUUUUUGCUGUUUUUUUGUCGAAUUUGUGCAUUUUGAAGUUUUUGAUAUCACAGUUUUUUUUCACAACGAACUUUAUAUUGGAGUUUGAAAUUUUAUGGUAAAUAUAUUUUAUUUUAUUAAGGAAGUUUUGUUAAGUGGCAGUUAAGGAAUAAGAAUAUAAGGUUGUGUUAAGUUUCUGCCAAAGUGAAUGAAAUGAUAAAAAGAAAAUAUGUUAUUGAAUUUUUUCAUAAAUUGUUUAUUUAUUUAUUAAUCACUAAUGAUAUUAAAAGAAUUUAUUAAGCUACUUCAAAUGUAGCUGUAAUUCUGCACCAAAAGUUUAAAGCAAAACUUACAUUUGACAUUUUAUUUAUUUAAUAACAUCAAAUUUUAACCCGUGAUCGGAGCAGUAGCUACUUCCUGGCACUUGCUGUUGCGUUUAGUAAAUUUCCGACUUAUGUCAUAUGCUUUAAAUGAUGACACACGGGUAAAGAACCCUGGACUCAACUGUAUUGAAGGUUUCUUGUUUGAUCUUUGUUAUUUUUAUUAGGAUAUCCAUGACUAUUAUAAACAAGUGAGGACUUAGCCUAUUUCCUUGUUUAAUUCCCUUAUCCCAUUUAAAUGUGCCUGAUCUUUCUUCAUUUAUUUGUACUUGGCCUUCUACUUCCAUAUAUAUAUAUAUAUAUAUAUAUAUAUAUAUAUAUAUAUAUAUAUAUAUAUAUAUAUUAUAACUUUUAUCAUCUUUGACGUUGUUAUCAAAAUACAAAAUAUUAAUAAAUUAAACAAAUUUUGUUGUUUAGUAAAAAAAUUCUUCUAAUAAUUUAAUUUAAUCUGAAUCAUUCAUAUCGGCAAUUUAGACAUAUAUUAUACAUUUUUAAGUAGAAAACUUUAAAAUAAUAUUGCCAAUUUUUAUGAGUUGCGUUCCUGGGACGACUUUAUUGAAAGAUAGUUCAUUCAAUUACAUGAAAUCAACUUUACCUUACCUUAAGAAUAUCGAUCACAAAAAUCAUAGCAUGUGAUUUGUCUUCAUAAAGACCACCACAUGAAAUGAAGACAGUAAAAUCCUCGUGUUAUUUUAUUCUAUUGUUAGUUAAUUUUCACUGUAUUAGUGUUGAACUGUUUUGUAUUAUUUAAGUUUGUUCAUUUUAGCAUAUAGUGAGAUUGUAAACAAUUUUUGCCAAGUGGUUAUUUCUUUUCCAAUUGUAUUAACCCAUUAAUUGCUAAUCUUGUGUAAAUGUAACCUUCUGAAUAACAUUUUCUUAAGAUACUCUUCAACAGGCUAGUGUUCUGGUCCAAAAUGUAUUGGAUUCUUAUUCACAAUUUUGUAUGUAAAUAAAAUGGAUGUCUGUAUUGUAAUAUUCAUUAAUUAAUUUGCUGUUUAUCAGUGACUAAAUGUUUUGAUUGUAAAUUUUAGCAUAGAUAGUGAGAUUGUAAACACUUUUUUUGCCAAGUGGAUAUUUCUUUUCCAAUUGUAUUAACCCAUUAAUUAUUAAACUUGUGUGAAUGUAACCUUCUGAGUAACAUUUUUUUAAGAUAUUAUUUCUUCAACAGGCUAGUGGAUUGUCUGUUCCAAAAUGUAUUGAAUUAUUAUUGACACUUUUUUAUGUAAAUAAAAUGGAUAUCUGUAGUGUAAUAUCAUUUAAUUAAUUUGCUGUUUACCAGUGACUCAAUGUUUAAAAUUACAUACAGUCGGAAAAAUGAAAGAAUACCCAUGAACGAACAUAUAAAACACGCUGUAUUUUCCUUUCACCGUGUCACAAAGAAAAUUGUCCAGUGCAAGUACAUGUAACAAUAAUUAUUACAUGUACUUGCUCUGGCCAAUUUUUUGUGUGCCACAGUGACAGGAAAAUACAGCAUGUUUUAUAUGUUCGUUCAUGGGUAUUCGUUCAUUUUUCCUACUGUAAUUUAAUUAACCUUCUGACUAACAUUUUUUUAAGAUAUUACUUUUUCAACAGACUAGUUUCUAUUCCAAAAUGUAUUGAAUUUUUGACAGUUUUUUAUGUAAAUAAAAUGGACAUCUGUAUUGUACCUAAUAUCAAUUAAUCAAUUUGCUGUUUAUCAGUGACUAAAUGGUUUAUAGUUUAUAUUGUAUAAUUGAAUUAACUGUCUGAAUAAUAUUUUCGUAAGAUAUUACUUCUUCAACAGGCUAGGGUCUAUUCCAAAAUGUGUUGAAUUUUUAUUCACAGGUUUUUAUGUAUUUACUUUAAUAAAAUGGAUAUCUGUAUUGAAAUAUCAAUUAAUUAAUUUGCUAUUUAUUAGUGACUAAAUAUUUUAUAUUAUAUAAUUUUGUGAAUUUUAGGAUAUAGUGAGAAUGUAAAACUGAAUGAUGAAUUAAAAACUCUACAACCUAACUAAAA